AUGAAGUACACACUCAUCAGCCUGUUCGCUCUCGUCAGCGUUGCCCUCGCCAUCAGUGCUGAGGAGCACAACGACUUCAUCAAGAGACAAGCCAACGUCCAGAAGGGCGUUCCGGUAAACGUCGCCGCCAUGACCGACCAAGCAGGCAACGUCAUCCUCUUCGACACCAAGGGUGUGUACAAGGACGCUUCCGCCAAGGGCCUCUGA